AUGGUGGAGAAGAGACAGCGUCCGCCGAUGAGACGUGGUGUCAUCGGGCUUCUCGGCGAGUCGACGGUGAAGAGAGAGAGCCGAGGUUCGCGUGUUGUCGUCUCACAACAAAUCUGGGCAGUCUUCGAAAGAGGCGGAGGAGUUCAUGUCGCGACGUGGAGAGAAAAUCUGAUCGACGUGGAGAGAAGUUCCGAUCGACGAGGAGGGACAUUGGGUCAUCGGGUUUCUCGGCGAAUCGACAGCGAGGUGGGGCGACGAUGA